GUAACAAUACAGUCGCUACAAUAUCAUUACAAUCCGAAAAAUACUAAUUGCUGGUAACAGUUAUUACACAUCCAGUAAUGGAAAUAAACGAAGAUAUAAAGCCUGGAGUAAAUAUGAAAUUUUCGGAUUUAAAACUUGAUCCUUCUUAUAACUAUAUUAAAUUUUGUGGUAAUAUUUAUAAGAAAAAUGGCCCAAAAAUGAAAGAAAUCCUCAAUGCCUUACUUAAAUUACAAAUGAAUUAUUUUCAUCAAGAGAUGCAACGUUUCAAAGAAUUACAUUGCUUAAAUUUGAAAUUUUCACAACUCUAUGAACCAACGUUCAAGAAGAGAUAUGAAAUUGUUAACGGAUCGACAGUACUUUCACACAAAGGAACUUCAAAAGAGAAUAAUCCGAAUUCCAAAUAUUCUAGAGAAACAAAAAAUACAUUUGAUUUGUUGAAAGAAAGCACAAGUAAUGCAUCCUCAAAUGAAGAUAAUUCUCACCAAGGCGUGCCUGAUUUCUGGUUGAAAGUUCUGCUAAAUUCUGAUAUAAAAGAUCUGAUCUCUCAAGAAGAUAAAUUUAUCUUGAAGCAUCUUACAGACAUCAGUGUAAGAUACAAUGAAGAAAAGCCCAAUAGUUUCAUUCUAGAAUUUCAUUUCAGUCCGAAUGAUUACUUCUUCAACAAUACUUUGACUAAAGAAUAUGAGGUGAGAUGCGUUUUGAAUCAUGAAGAUCCUUUCUUUUUCGAUGGACCAGAAUAUGUGAGUUGCAAUGGAUGUAUAAUUGAUUGGAAGAAUAAUAAAAACAACGCCUCUAAAAGUUUAAAUGAGCUUAUAAAUGAAGAAAUAUCAGCGCCAUCAUUUUUUAAUUUUUUCAGUAAUCCUUCAACAUUCGAUCAUUUUGAUGAUGAUGAUAUUAAAGAAAUGAUGAUGUUUGAUUUCAAAAUUGGACAAUACAUCAAAGAAAAAAUAAUACCAAAAGCCAUUUUAUUCUAUACAAAUGAAGUAAAAGAAGAAGAAAAGACAUUGAAGAUCUUUCAUCUGUUUUAGAUUCAGUUUAAAGAAAUACCUAAUUUACUAAUGUUUAAAUAAUUUAAAUCAAAUUAAAGCAGAAACUAUUUUAUUAGAAAUAAAAUAAACUACACAAAUUAAAAUAAAGAAAAAGUAUAG